AGAACAUCGGGGUCACGUUUUGGCUCAAAUCCAACAAUUUCAUCCUUUGCAAAACAGUGUGGCGUGAGCGGUGGGUUUAAAAGUGUGAGGACCGACCAUCUGACAUUCAGACGGAGGACGAACAACGAAGGACACAUCUGUGAUCGUAUUCUAGCAGUGAGACACUUGGUGAACCCUGAGAAAUGCGUCCAGACGUGGUAACUGCAGCGCUGCUGCUGGUUCUGAUGUUUGUCCAUCACACUGAGCAGAGAGAAGAUGGUACUACUAUGGCGGGCCUGUGUAAGAGAUAUCCACAGAGGUCUUGUAGUGACGGAUGGUACCGGCUUGAUGAGGAUCGCUGCAUGAAAUUUAUCUCGACUCCCAAAACCUUCGAUAAGGCCGAGGAUCAAUGCUACGACUUAGACGGCCACCUGGUGUCUAUUCACAAUGAAAUACAGAAGAUCCGUGUGGACUGUCUCGCCUGGAGGCACAGUCAGAAAAAAAAUUACUUUUGGAUUGGAGCCAAAAGCCGCAGGGAGCAAUUCGAAUACACUGAUGGAUCUGAUUUUGAUUAUAAUAACUGGCACUACAAGUUUUCAAACUACUUCCUGGAUAAAUACAGCUGCGCGAUAUCAAACUACCAGGAGUGGGGAGUUUGGGGUUUCACAGGAUGCACCCGAAGGCUCAUGUUUGUGUGCGCAAAACGUAUGUGAUCGUCAUCGACUUUCAUAUUUUCCCUUCGGUGUCGACGGCGACACAUGAUCGGCUGGACCAGUUCGCUUCACAACAACUGCUGCUCACAUAAGCUUUUAAAUUUAAGCAAUAAACACUUCAGUAAACGUG